AACCAUAUUGUUUUGUCAUCAUCAUCACCUUGUCGCCGCCGUCCGCAGCCGUCGACAACUGCCGGAAAAUCCCAUCGCCGCUGGAAGCCGUCCACGCCCGGCCGAUCGCAACUGUGAGCAACCGCCCGCGACCGCGUCCAGCCAGGCCCGUCCAGCUCCCAGCAGCGACGCCCAGGACCACCGCACGAAGGCCGACGUCCGUUCGUGCAACCUCACGCCAUCGCGACUCGCACCCAGCGUCCCUGUCGCCGAUCGCGCAUCGCCUGCGCACAAGGAGUUCGCGCACGCCCAGUCCGCGUAGGAGUAGGAGUGCUGCCCCUGCACGCGCGCGCUGUCCCAGCGUCCUUCCGCGUUCGCCUGCAUCCUGCGCAUCUCGCUCAGCGCCCGACGCGCACACACGCGUCCUGCCAGCACCCGUCCGUGUUCCCAGCGUCCGUUCGCGUGUCUGUCCAGCGCCCGACGCGUCCGACCAACACGCACGCUGUCCGCGCCUAACGCGCACGAGCUGCCUGCUGCACCCGACGACCGAGACCCGCGCACCGUGCGACCGAGGACCGUUUGAC